ACGUUUUCCUGCAUCUCAUGUCGAGUCUGCUGUCGUCGCUGCUGCUGCGCAAUGACCGUUGGAGACUCCUCGGCGCGCGACGUUGACGUGCCCGCAUCGCCCCUCGUCCACCCCACCCCGCUGCCCUUCUCCGACCUGUGCGCGAGGAUUCAUGAUCGCGUACACGCCUUCUUGAACCAGGACCAUGCCUCCGAGAGGUUGAAGAGCUUGCAGGCCCAGACUCGAGUGUCACUUGAAGUGAUUGUCGAAGCCUUGGAGCGGUACAAGCUACCUGAACUCUCUCUUGCGUACAAUGGCGGGAAAGAUUGCCUCGUUCUCCUGAUCCUCUACCUGUGCGCUCUUCACCAGAAAGGCCUCACCCCCGCCGACCCUAAUACCAGCUCCGACACCGCCAUCAAGUGCGUCUAUAUACAAGCCAAGCAUCCGUUCCAAGAGGUCGAAGGUUUUGUCGAAUCGAGUGUAAAGAUAUAUUCGCUCUCUCUUCUGGAAUAUGCGAAACCGAUGAAGGCUGCUUUCGCAGACUAUCUGCAUGAUACACCCAGCGUCAAAGCAAUCUUUGUCGGCACGCGGCGGACUGAUCCGCACGGGGAGCAUCUAAAGCAUUUCGACCCCACCGACCAUGGUUGGCCCGAAUUCAUGCGCAUACACCCGGUCAUAGAUUGGCAUUAUGUAGAUAUCUGGACGUUCAUCCGCCACCUCAACAUCCCAUAUUGCGAGCUCUACGACCGGGGAUACACAUCGCUAGGUGGCACCGAUGAUACACAGCCAAACCCUGCACUGGUCGAGAAGUCUACAGAUGGCUCCGCGAACGGGACAACAAAUGACACAGAGACACCCCAUCCCAGCUCUCAUUUCAGGCCUGCCUAUGAAUUAGUAGAUGAUUACGAAGAACGAUUGGGGAGAGACCGAUAG